AUGUGUUAUUACACUAUUUUGCAGUGUGAUGCACUCCUUACAAGUGGUGCGAUGCCUGCUCUUCUCAAAGCUUUUGCCGAUUCAAUGGGAUCUUUCUACGACUUGAUCGCUGUUCAAACGAUGGGAUGUCCUACAUAUCAGACUUUAUUCGGGAUUUGUUCAUAG